AUGGUGGUGCUCGAUGGUCUCCCAGGGCCAUGGUUUGGUCGAUGGUCUUGGCCGCGUGUGGCUCCUGUCUUCACUCUGGCUGUAUAUACGUUCACUCAAACAGGUCGUGGUGGGACUUCUGCUGGCGGUGGCAGUGGGACAUCUCGUGGCGGUGGCGGUGGGACAUCGAACAGCAGAGUUGGAACGUCUUCUCACUCAUCUAACCCAUCAACCUCUAACGAAACAAUUUCGGCUUCUCCAUUUCUUCCGUCACAAUAUCCUACUAAUUCACAAUCUCCACCUCAGCCACAGCAGCAAGCGGCUCAAUACCACCAGCAACACCCACUGUAUCAGCCUCCACCGGCAGCGUACCAACUUCCCCAACAUCAACAGCCUCCGCACCAACAACCACAGCCUUCGUACCAGCUUCCCCAACAUCAACAACAACCGUACCAAAUCUCCCCACAUCAAGCACUGCCUUUUAUUCCAGAGCAUCAACCACCGCCACCGCCUGAGGAUCCAGAUCCGGAUCCGCCAAAUCAUCAAGAAUACCAACAGCUAUUAGAUGAUUUGUUGGUUCUUCCUGGACGACAACAUAUACCACUCUUGAGUCAGUUUCCUAUCAUCGAUGUUGAGACGAUGUGA